CGCGGUCACACUGAUUCAAAGUGGCAUAAAAUACAAAAUUUAAUUAAAAACGAGAAGAAUUAUGGGCGACCAAACCGAUGAUGAAAGUGGCUCGUCCGGGUCGAGUCGCAGUGGCAGCCGUAGUCGCAGCGCCACUCCGCAAGGUAGCGCGCCCGGAUCGCCACAAAGUCGUAAAUCUGGCAGCGGCAGUCCCCGUUCACGUUCCGGCUCGCGAUCAUCCCGAUCAGGCUCUGACUCUCCCCGAAGUGCCCGGUCGGGGUCGGCACAUAGUCGCCGUUCCGGAUCCAGGCAAAGUCAUCGUUCUGGCUCAGCCCAGAGCAAAGGAGCUGGCUCUGUCCACAGUAAGCGCUCCGGGUCUGACCACAGCAAACGAUCUGGCUCCGCCCACAGCAAGCGCUCUGGUUCUGCCCACAGCAAGCGCUCUGGUUCUCCCCAGAGCGCCAGAUCCCGCAGUCGCUCCCGUAGCGCCACACCGAAGGGUAGUGGAAAUGAGGAAUCGCGCUCGAAUUCUCCAAAUCUGCAAAUUGACGAUGAACGCGCCAACUCUAAGAGCAAGAGCCGCAGCCGCAGCGGCAGUCGCACCUCCAGGUCCCGCUCCAAAACGGGUUCGCCACGUUCCAAGUCGGGAACUCCCUCGCGUAGCCGGAGUCGUAGCGGCUCUGGCUCCGGCAGCGACAUUGCUGCGCCCAAAAAGAUGACGCGUCGGGCCAGUGGCUCGGAAAAUGAGAAACGCAAGAGCGGAAGCGACAGCGACAUGGAAACCUCGCCUACAAAGGCCAAGAAGUCGCGUUUGAUUGACUCGGAUAGCGAAAGCGACAAAGAGGAGGUUAAGAAAGCUCCGGCCGCCGCGGACAUCUUUGGCGAUGCAGAUGAUAUCAGCGAUGACGAGGAGCCGCCGACCACAAGCAAAUCGCCGCGUUCGAGAAGUCGCAGCGGGAGCAAGUCCCGAUCCCGAAGUCGCUCUGUGAGCCGUUCUCGAUCAAGGUCGAGGUCCCGGUCCCGUUCACGCGCCCGAACAGAGUCGCGCCCGCAAGCAGCGCCCAAGGAGUUGGAGCCGGAGCCAUUGCCUGAAACCCUCAUCAACGUGGAAAUCCCUCGCAUAGCGGCGGACCUCGGCAAGGAGCAGCACUUCAUCAAGCUGCCCAACUUUUUGUCCGUGGUUACGCAUCCGUUUGACCCGGAGACAUACGAAGACGAGAUUGACGAGGAGGAGACCAUGGACGAGGAGGGUCGCCAGCGCAUCAAGCUCAAGGUGAGCAACACCAUUCGCUGGCGCGAGUUCAUGAACAACAAGGGGGACAUGGUCCGAGAGUCGAACGCCCGGUUCGUGCGAUGGUCCGAUGGGAGCAUGUCCCUCCACCUGGGCAACGAGAUCUUCGACGCCUACCGACAGCCGCUGCUGGGCGAUCACAACCAUCUCUUCAUACGCCAGGGCACCGGUCUCCAGGGCCAGGCCGUGUUCCGCACCAAGCUGACAUUCAGACCCCAUUCGACGGAGUCGUUCACCCAUAAGAAGAUGACCAUGUCGCUGGCGGACCGCUCGAGCAAGACCAGUGGCAUCAAGAUACUUACUCAGGUGGGCAAAGACCCCACGCAGGACCGCCCCAGCCAGCUCAAGGAGGAGGAGGCCAAGCUGCGCCAGGCCAUGCGCAACCAGCACAAGGCACAGCCCAAGAAGAAGAAGGCUGGAGCGGGUGAGCCGCUCAUCGGCGGUGGCACCUCCUCUUAUCAGCACGAUGAUGGCAGCGACGACGAGAAUGCCAUCAGCCUGAGCGCCAUUAAGAAUCGAUACAAGAAAGGAUCCGCCGGCAGCGCCCAGCCCGAGCCCAAGGCUUCCACCAUCUACUCCUCGGACGAAGAUGAGGGCUCCGACUUCGAGGCGCGCCGCAGCAAGAAGGGGGACAAGGCCAAGGCCAGCAAGGCCCUCAGGGAUUCGGACAGCGAGUCCGACGCAGACAGUGCCAAGAGCGCCAAAAGUGGCACCAGAGCAGGCAGCGCCAGCGGCAGCGAUGACGGGGGAAGCCGCAAGAGCGGCUCCAGCAAAUCUGGCAGCGGCAGUGGGAGUGGCAGCGGUUCGGGUAGCGGCUCAGGAAGCGACAAUGAAUGAAUUAUCGAUAAGAGCUGUCCAUUUCAUUGAUUUAUGUAAUAAAACUUUAAAAA